AUGCAUAAGGAUGUCAUGUUGGAGAACUACAGCAACCUGGCGUCUGUGGGUGAGGAUUAUCUCCCAUGUCACUCCCGGUCGCAUGUGUGUCCUGUCUUGGUUACUGGGAUGUGUGCAGCCUUUGUAGACUUUGAUGAUGCUCGAGUUCUAGAUGCAGGGGUCACAGGCCUCUGCGUGGCCAAACCAGAGAUGAUCUUCAAAUUGGAGCGAGGAGAAGAGCUGUGGAUAUUAGAGGAGGAAUCCCCAGGCCCUGGUUACCCAGGAUCUCUCUCACUGCUGUGUGACAACAGUUCUGUUGGGGGUAAUGCCCUCGGGCAUGAUAAUGACCUCCGGCAUCAGAAGAUUCAAACUUUGGACCAAGCUGUUGAAUAUAAUGGUUACGGGAAAAUCUUCUACAAGAAAACAGGCUUUGUUGGUCCUAAAAAGGCACACACAGGGGUAAAAAACUUUGGAUGUCACGAAUGUGGGAAAGCUUACUGCCGGAAAUCAAACCUUAUUGAACAUCUGAGAAUACACACAGGGGAGAGACCUUAUGAAUGCGCAGAUUGUGCAAAGACCUUUAGUGCAAGGUCAUACCUCAUUGCUCAUCAGAAAACUCACACAGGGGAGAAACCCUUUGAAUGUAACGAAUGUAGGAAAUCUUUUGGCAGGAAGUCACAACUCAUUCUACAUCAGAGAACGCACACAGGAGAGAGACCUUAUGAAUGUACCGAAUGUGGGAAAACCUUUUCUGAGAAGGCAACCCUCAUGAUUCACCAGAGAACUCACACAGGAGAGAAGCCCUACGAGUGUAGUGAAUGUGGAAAGACAUUUCGAGUUAAGAUAUCCCUUACCCAGCACCAGAGAACUCACACAGGGGAGAAACCAUACGAAUGUGGGGACUGUGGGAAGAACUUCCGUGCAAAGAAAUCCCUAAACCAACAUCAAAGAAUUCACACAGGCGAGAAACCCUAUAAAUGUGGUGAAUGUGGGAAAUUCUUCAGAAUGAAAAUGACUCUCAAUAAUCAUCAGAGGACUCACACAGGUGAAAAACCCUAUCAGUGCAAUGAAUGUGGGAAAUCUUUCAGGGUACACUCAUCUCUUGGGAUACAUCAGCGAAUUCACACAGGAGAGAAACCUUAUGAGUGUAAUAAAUGUGGUAACGCCUUCUACGUAAAAGCACGCCUCAUUGAACACCUGAGGAUGCAUUCAGGAGAGAAGCCCUAUGAAUGUAGCGAAUGCGGAAAAAUCUUUAGUAUGAAGAAAUCCCUUUGUCAACACCAGAGAACUCACACGGGAGAGAAACCUUACGAAUGUAGCGAAUGCGGAAAUGCCUUCUACGUGAAAGUGCGCCUCAUUGAACAUCAGCGAAUUCACACAGGAGAGAGACCCUUUGAAUGUCGGGAAUGUGGGAAAGCCUUUUGCCGGAAAGCACACCUCACAGAACAUCAGAGAACCCACGUAGGCCGGCCCUUGCCUUGUACAAUGGAGAAAGCUUCUUUGUGAAGACUCCCAUCACCAUUUGAUCAAGCCCUUUGGGUCAUCUGGUCACCCUGCACCCAAAG